CACGAGUUUCGGUUGUUUGUGCGUUCGUUAGUUCCCUGGCCCAGGGCAGGCGCUGUGUCCAUAAAAGCGUUUGCUCGGAGGAUUGUCCGAGGAGCUACCAUGGGUGGUGUGUUGGGGGGGCUGUGCAGGAGGAGAGCUCGCCUGUGCUUGGGUAACGACUGGUGCAGACAGACUCAUCAGAGAGCGGACAGCAUGCUGUUGAAUGUCCUCUGUGUCUGCUCGCGUGUCUGGUGCAGGUCCCACUGUCGACGAAGAAGAGGUCGGCGAGCCUCACAACCGCCCGUUGGGCGUGGAAGACCUCGAUUUGUUCAAGGUCAACGAGAAAGUCCUCGCUGGCUUCAUCCGACGCAGCGAUGCGACGACCCAUGGUCCGACCAAACGGCUUGCGAAAGGAAUCGCCCACCGCAGCUUCACUUAUGCAGAUCAAGUGAAGACGCUCAUUCAGCAAGGGGCGGAUCCUAACGCUGCACCCAUACUCUGGGCUAAGGACAGCCGAGGCAAGCCAUACUUGCACCGUAUCAAGGACGACUCCUCCCCCCUUCUCAGCUUAGCCGUCGAUAACUAUACGCACUGCGGCAUGAGCCAUCACGCGACAUCUUUUCUCCGGCCUGACUGCGAAGUCGGCAUAGUUUUCGACGUCGUUCUGCCCAAUUGGUCGUCUGCCGAGCUGCAGCGAGACAUCCUGCACGCGCUGCUCGAUGGGGGGGCAGACAUUAAUCGCGGGGACUAUACUAACGGACCAGCGACAGUAAUGGAGAACAAGGCUAUUCGGGUCGCAGUUCGUGGUGGCAACGUGACGGCUGUCGGAGCCCUCUUGGCACGCAACAGCGACCUGCACGGUUCUAUUCAUGACCACGUCAUAGACCUCGCGUGCCUCUAUGUUGUCCCGCCGCGUCCCCAGCAGUACGAGAAUGCCCUGCUGACCAUCUACAGACUACUCCUCCAACACGACCCAACCAUCGCAACCCAUACACCACCGCACGUGCCUGUGAUAGGUACCUGCAUGUUUGUGUCCUCGGCAUGUGCGUCACUUUUGUACUUCUUGAGAUCCAGCCGCAGCGGAGACAGACGAUCGCCCAGCCUUUCGCCAUCUGAGCUGGAGCCCCUGUCCGCCCUCACCUUGUGCAUCGCGCAGCCGACUGGGGUCAUUUCUACUCGCAAGCCUUUCUGGAACAGUAUCUAGACCUUAUCAGGGAGAGCGGUGUGAACUUGAUGGCCAUGGACAGCCAGCAGCAAACCCCGUUGCACACGGCGGCAUUUCAUGCCUCUUUCCACGUCGCUGACUACCUGUGCCGGCAUUCGACUGUCGACGACAUCAACAGAGGGACGCCAAAGGAUUCCACCAACACGCCGCUCGCUUGCGCUGCGAGAGAGCUAGACAUGCCCUCGUGCGCUUACAGAGCGCUUACUACCGUGCGUGUGCUGCUGCGCGGUGGGGCAGCGCCGUCCCUUACUCGCAUGUCCACGGCUACCCACGAGCAUCGCCGUCGCCAGCUGCUGGUGGUGGACGAGUACAAAUCAGUGCUCAACGAGCUGCCCGAUGUGGUCAUAACGGCGAUCAACGCCGCCCUCGCCCCCCAUCGCGACCACUCGAUGCUCCUUGCCCGCCUGCUGCCCCUCGCCCCGCAUCAUGACGGCGCCCACCCCCACCCCUCCCCAUCCAACAUGGCAUUCGGACCACACGAGGCCGAGGGCAUCGCAUGGAAGGUCGGGGCCUUCCUGCACGAGCCAUCGGCUGCUUCCGCGGCCAUCGACGAAUACCUCAUCGGCGACUCGCAGCUGAGGCGCCGCGUCAAGGCGGCUGUCGGCCACUUCGUCAAGUCGGCGGCCACACGGACGAGCAGCAACAGAGAGGUGGUAGGCGGGACGAGAUAUGAGCAGCAGGGCGACAAGCGCGUCAAGGUGACCGUGCCGCCGCUGUAGUGCUUCGCCGUCAGAGGGCCCCGUGGUGGGCGGCCCCGCCUGGUGGGUGUGCGUGAGGCGGUGCAUAGGGCUCGAAUGGACGAGGUGGCAAAGUAUCAGCUGACGGGCGUCCAGAAGGGCUUCAACGAGCACCUCGGCGGCGAUGAUUGCCUCUUUGGUGAGUGGCAGCAGCUGGGAUACAUCGAUAGACAGACGAAUCUGUUCGUCCCGCUGGGCAUCGAGUAGAGUAGCGACCAGCAGCUGGAUCUGUGGGGCAGCUUUCUGCCGCUGCACGGGUGUGUCGUGGAUGUGUGGUAUAUGAUUAUGUGUGCCGUCUCAGCGCACUCAUCCGUGGCGUUGCGGACGGAAGGCGAUUGACACAUGCAAUCGAAUCGUGUCC